CUGAUCAAUGAUUCGCCAUUCAUGUCUCUGGGGAAGAAGUCGCCAAUUCUUCCUCUCACAUUCCGUUUUCUCAUGCCAUUCAAUGACAACCACAAGCCAAUUCCCUUCCACUUCUUCUUCUUCUUCUUCUUCAUCUUCGACAAUUCAAACCUCUGCGGCGCAUCCCAAACUCAGGCAUAAAGACUGGCUCUCUCCACAAGAAGUGUUCAAAAUCUUCGAAUCCAUAACUGACCCAGUUUCCCUAACUUCCUCCUGGAACCAAUACUGUCUCCGCCGAGACUUCAAACCCAACGAGCUCCUUCUCACCCUCCUAGUCACCAACCUCGCUCACACCAAAAACUUUGCCGCAAUUGAAUCCCUAAUGGAGUCCAUAAAGCUUCACAGACUCCCUCUCGCCAAUCCCUUGUCCGACGACUUCUACUUCAAUGUCAUCAAGAUAUACGGCCAUUCCGCCGGAAGGAUCAGGAAGGCCAUGGAGACCCUGCUCGACAUGCCUCAACGGUUCAACUGCUGGCCAAAGGUCAGGACUUUCAAUCUUGUUCUUAACUUGCUCGUCUCCGCCAAGAUCUUCGAUGUUGCCCGAGAGGUGUACUUGAGUGCCCCGAUGCUGGGUGUUGAAAUCGAUGCUUGCUGCCUCAACAUUCUCAUCAAAGGGAUGUGUGAGAAUGGGGAUCUGGAAGGUGCACGCCAGGUGCUCGACGAAUUUCCUCAGCAGAGGUGCCAACCUAAUGCGAGGACUUUUGCGACGCUGAUGCACUGCUUGUGUGAAAAAGGAAAGGUGGAUGAGGCGUUUGAAUUGCUUGGGAGGAUGGAGAAGGAGGGCGUGGAUGCCGAUACAGUGACGUUCAAUGUUUUGAUCUCGGGCCUGAGAAAGCAGGGGAGGGUCGAGAAAGGAAUGGAAGUUUUAGAGAGCAUGAAAAGGAAAGGAUGCGAGCCCAAUGAGGCGUCAUAUCAAGAGGUUUUGUAUGGUUUGCUCGAUGUCGGGAGGUUUCAGGAGGCAAGAGAGUUUAUGAGUAGGAUGGUUUGUCUUGGAUUCAACCCGAGUUUUGUGUCGUAUAAGAAGUUGAUUCAUGGGAUUUGCAGAGAAAAGUUGAUUGGUGAGGAUUUGGACUGGGUUUUGAAGCAAAUGUUGAGGCAGGGAUUUGUGCCCAAAAUGGGAAUGUGGAGGCAGAUGGUUCAGACGGUGUUUUCUGCUGGGAAUAGCACUUCCACAUCGCAGAUUUCGUUUGUUGAAAUUCUUGGCAGCUAGAUUCCGGUCGCGCACAUUUGCCAAGCAACUCAUUGAUACAUUUAUAGUGUAGUGUUUGAAACCAUGUAGCGAAGGUCGAAUUCUGGCACUGCCUGUGUGGCAUUAGCAGUUACUAGCCGCGUUCAUUACAGUGAUAAAAUUUCACUAUUAGCGACCUGGUGGGUUUGUCUGGGUUUCUGCUUUAGAGUCGACAGGUUCUUUGCACGAAGCAGGAUUAGAUAAUAGGGGUUUACCUUGUCGAGAGAAUCAUAUUUGUAGCCGGUAUUUAACAGGGAUGGGAAUACCUUGUUCGAGUGGAAUCUGUGGUCGUUUGGAAUGCAUAUUUUAGUGUGGUAUUUGUGGUAAAAGGUUUCAUCAACACUUUGGUAUGGACUUUCAUGAUACUUUCAGCCUAGUUGUCAAGCGUGUCACUGUUCGUGU